GUGCCUAGUACUCACCACUGUAGUCGUACUCGUACAACUGCUUAAUCAUCGGAAAGGACCACUUCUAGUGUCACGUAUAAGGCUCUACGACUUUCAUGAAAAUUUCAAUAUCGUUUUCUGUCCAACGAACCCACGACAACAGCAGGCCUUGCGUUUUUUUCCCGGGAAGAGGAAACAAGAAGGACAAAACUACACUCAGAGUUGUAAAAAACUCGUUGCGAGAACAAUCUCUGUCAGUUCGGUGUACUACCGAAUUUGUAAAAGAUCGAAAACAACAAGUGACCACACCGAUAGGUUUUCUACCAGAAGUAGAGAGCUGCAUCAACAACCAUGAAGACGUUCGCGAAGAUUGCGGGUGCGACCACCGUAUGGAUUGCAAAAAUGUCUGGGUCUGGAAGAUUGCGAGACUUGUCAUGCUUGUCUGGCAUGACAAAAAAGUUUGUAAUGCGUGCCCAAGAAGAGACGCUUUUGCCUGUCAUGCAAAAACGCAGUUUCUCAUGCGAAAAACGCAACACAAAGAAGCGCAGAUAUUUCUCAUGCUUGGUUGUGCAUUACAGAGCAUUCACUCUUCCCAACACAGCAUCACAAGUUUCCAGACCCAGACAUUUUUACAUUUGAUACACCGUCCUGACCCCCCUGGGAGGGGGCGCCGGCGUCCACGGUGCGAAGAACAAGAAGUUAUCCGAGAAAGAAAAGGCUAGCGCGUCAGCUUUGUCAUGCAGUUCUGAGAACGCAAAAAAAAAAGAAGCUUGCAUGACGAGUGAUCAACACGUGCUCCCACUAGGGCCGUAGAGGCGGCCCGCGCAUGACUGCUUUUUAUUUAUCUUUUUGCGUUCUUAUUCUUGCCUGCGAAGUAUGAUAUGCUAGCACUUUACGCUUGGAUAGAUGUCCGCCACGCACGCCUGGCAGGGAAGUGAAACCUAUCACCAGGAAAAUUCCGACUUCGACACGCCCAAAGACAAUUUGUAUAGCAUGCUUUCCUGAGCCUGCUAUGUGGUAACAGGUAAAUUAUGCGCAUGUAGUAAUAAGGCUUAUUUGCAAUAGUAUAACAACUAUGCUUCUACUGUGUUCUGUACAAGAAAUGGCAUUGCAGAUUGUCGAAAUAGGGAACAGCAACUAUACUAGCAACAGCUCAAAUACAAAAACAAAUGCGUCUACGUUGGCUGCGUGUUAUGAGUCGAGUUUCCCGCGUGAUAAAACUUCGCCGGCGGGGUUCGUCCAAGUCGACCGCCGCGGGAAAGCCGGGGUGACCGCGACGUGCACGAUCCAGUUUGCCGACGCGAAGACCACCUGCUGCAACGGGGAGGAUUUGGUUCAGGGGGACUGCCAUGACAAGUGUCAAGAGAUGUUGGACUACGGACUUAUCGAACCUUGCGGGAAGGUAAGAAUGGUUUGUUCGUGCGUCCAAACCUCCCCGGUUCUCAUGCUACUGCUCUGGUGAUUUUUCGCCAGCUCCCAUCGGUCAUGCCAUGAUCUUGGUCGCUAUAAAUACUUAUUUACACAGUGAGGCCGCCGUCGCGAACGGCCAUUUCUACGUUCUCACUUCGCUGUGUCCUUUGCAUGCCUUGGCGUUUCUGCCCAGGAACUCCAAUUUCUUCGACGCUUCUGGCACCUUUUCUAACACGAAGAAAAGCGAAGCCUGUUUGGCUUUUCCAGUAGUGAAUCGCGAGGGAACUACUUCAGGAUGAGUAACCGCUUGGACGAAAAAUGAAACAGCCCUGCCGACAUCAAAAGUGCCGCCCUUCUGCGGUCCCCACCGCCCCAGAUUGCCGCUAUUUCGGAAGUACACCCAAAGGAAUUGCGCGCAAGAAACAUCAGCGCGGCCGUAUGGCCUGGUCGUGAUUUUUCACCAUGGUAGGCGACCGGACCGCGAAGGCGGCUGCCUUUACAGCAGUUUCUAGGUCUGGCUGCGCACUUCGAAAACAAAGCAAAACGGAAGAAAAGCCGGCGCGCCAAGUGCCUGAAUGCCUUCCGCAUCUCACUGGGGCAAUGUUUGGCUCUUUGGUGGCGCCCCGUUGGGCGCCGAAAGCGGACCCGGGCCGUCAGGGAUGGUUUUCAGAACCAAAUUGCUAAUUUUGCUUGCGCGGCUUGCCCAUUGGGCGAUACGCGAUGGGACGGGGCGCAGUACGCGGGGCGUGGCGAUGGUCAGAAAUGCUAAACAGCAGCAGAGGUGGCGUAGCAAAGUCGCUGUUCGGGGUUUCCGCAUUUGUGCGGCUGGUUCUCGGCGGCUGCCUCCGUGCCACUGACGAAGCAAAAGGCGGUCCCGAAAGGUCACCGUGGCUGCAUGUUGGCUGGCCGGACGGUUUUAGACUCUGUUUUGCCCCAAGGCAGCACCAGUUCGCCGGCCUCGCUACCUCAGCCAUGACGGUCUUUAUUGGCAGCAGAAUCAGCAUCAGCUGGCUAUCAGCCUGAUUGAUAGAGGCCAUGGCGCAGGCCCUUUCUCGUUCUGCUUUAUUAGGGCCUGCUACCGUUUUCGCCACCGCCGUUUCGUGCCUUCAGUUUAUUGAUUUUCGUUUUGAGGAGCGUGACUAUGUAUAAGAAAGACGCUUAUUAGCAUUUAAGCACGUGGCGCACGACGUGCGUGGCUUUGGCUAAGCGCUCAUGUUUCUGAGUGUUUGCAUGAAGCCGGACGAUUCAUCAAUAUGCAAGUCGUAAAGAGGCUGUGGGGGAGUUUGAUGUUUUCAUCCAUACGCCGGCGCGAAAGCCGAAGAAGCGCUCGAUGCGAAAGCAGAGCAGAAGAUGCGCAUGGACAAGUACAUGGAGCUCUGCCAAGGCGCAUGGGGAAAAGGGAAAAGCGAGAAUGAGUGGAGCCCGGAAUGCACGUCCAUCUUCGGGCCGCGCACGAUGGCUGAUGGAGGUCUUCAGGGAUAGAUUGAAGUCGAAUACUUCGGACAUUGAGCUGCUUAGCUUUCUCUUUUGCUAGUCUUUCGAUGUUCGAAACUCUUGUGUCUUGCGUGCCGUCAUAGAACUACGAACUUCUGUCUUCUGGAAACCAGAACAAUCAUGGCAAAACUUUUAUUUUUACUGAUGUAGCUGCACUUCUACAAGUACAAGUACGACGACGACCUAAACCUAUGCAAAGUUUUAGUUUAUCCUACAGGAAAGCAGCAGCAGCAGCUCUUCCGAUACGACAAGAAUCCUUCCCCGUUCCACAAAAGAAUCGUCCUUCUAGUGCCCUCUUUUCCUCAGUUUAAGAAAAAUAGUCUACACCGCUUUACAACUUUUACUGUUUCACAACAGUUGCUGCUGUUUUCGAAAUGCGGGGUUACUGUAGUAGACUGGGAAGAGCGCAAGCGCAGAAGUAGUCGAUCCGAGCUAAAUCAGGUAUGGAGGUUCUUCUAGUUCGGAACUGUUGUCAUCAGAUUUUUCACGUCGACCUGAUUGCUUUUUUCUUUCUCUUGCCGCCUGUCCUCAGCAGGUAAGGGUAUGAAAUAAACAGCAUCAGGCAAUUGAUUCUAAGGUAAGAUCGUGUUGAUGUAAGUAUUGCAUUAAUCUGCUCGUUUUCGAUUUGCCCAUCUCUGUGCAUUGUUUGCGCAACUUUUUUGUUUACACAGCUACGCAUUUAAGUUAGAGCUACUUGUUUGAGUUAUCAUUCGAAUUUCUUUUUUGAAAAAAUUUUACACAGUUUCGUCUACCCUUUCAACAUGCUCCCCUAUUCUUGCUUCUCUCCAACGACCCACGCCUUUUCGUUACAAUCUCAGUUACAAGCUUUUCCCUAUUUGAUACAGGAAGCGAAGAGCCGCGAUAAUGAAACAGCAUCGUAUGAGUCCUUCACCCGUUAUUUGAUAGUAGCUUGACAAGUGCCCGAGGACGCGCAUUUCCUUUCUGAAAGAAACAGGGAGUUGCUAGGCUAAAAAGCAGCUGCGAUUUUAUUGCAGACGCAGACACUAAGCGCAACUACUCUAAUAUACUUUACGAAACCGGUAGGGAAAGGAGCGCGAAAGUCUAUGCGUAAUUCUCACUUUUCGAGUACCGUCAUGGGGUAAAGUUCAGCUUACGAUUGCGCGUUUGAUUUUCGAAAAGCACUGCAUCACUCGCAUCACUGUAAAUAAUGCGCGCUGGCUUUCCUAGAAGGUUUUCCGUUUAUUUCCUGUAUUUUAGCAUUUGAGUUUCACAUCAUCGCAACUUACAAUUUUUGGAUGGAACGGCCCAUCAGGGGAACACUUAAGCUUUACUCUUGACCGUGAAAAACCCACAAAAAAACAAAAAAAAUAUCGUAUGCCGCAUAAAAAUAAAACGAGCUCGCUGCUAUAUGUCUAUUUGCGCCUUGACUUCGAUACUUGCUCGCCGCCCGCAUGGUUCGUGAUAUUUAGAGUAGACUCUCGACCAGGUAGACGUUUGCAGGUGCGUCUAGAUCUAUGUCUCUCCUGGUUGCAUUUGCCGCUAGAAGAGCUUUCAAUGUAGGAAACAAAUACUAUUCUUGCGGCUGGAAUGGCACGAAAGUCACCUUUAUUUGGUCUGCUCAUCAAAUUGGCGGUACGACAAUGUAGGGCAAACCACGAGCAAUAAGAUUCUAAGACUGCAGCGCGUUGAAAACCGUAAAAAAUAUAACCAGACCGCGAAGAAGAUUUUGAUUUUCCACUUUCAUCAAUCAGCCCUAGUUAUUUAGUCGAGGCAGUGCUUUGAAAGAUUUGUUUCCGUUUGAACGAACUCAUUCCGCGGCCAGGCCAAUGGAAACUGCCCAACUUGCGACCUCGAAGGGUUGAAUCUGAUUCAAACUGUACAUUAUUUUUUGGGAUAACACAAGGAAACAAAAACAU